AUGGGUUUGGUAGGUACUAAAUCUCCGUAUAUAGGCAAUCUUUCAUUUUUAAGAUAUUUAUCCCUGUCUGACAACCAGUUCAAUGGCGAAAUUCCACAAGAAGUUAGUCAUUUAUAUCGCCUUCAAACUUUUCGUGUGACAUCUAACUCACUUACAGGGGAAAUUCCUAGGAACCUAUCCUCUUGUAAAAAUCUUGAAGAUUUUUCAUUAUCAAGGAAUGAUUUGGUAGGAGGAAUACCUACUGAGCUUGGUUCCUUAUCUGAGCUUCAAACUUUGAGACUCUCUAGGAACCACAUAGGAGGAACCAUCCCGGUUUCACUAUCAAACCUUUCGGUUCUCACUGUAUUUAAUUUACGAUCCAACAAUUUGUACGGAACCAUUCCUCCCCAAAUUUUUAAUAUCUCUUCCAUCAAUUCCACCCUACCUGGAACUACUCUCCCUAAUCUUGAAUACCUUGCUUUAGGUUACAAUAGAUUUUCUGGUGCGCUACCUGAUUCAAUAUCUAAUCUUUCUAGAUUGUUUAGAUUAGAUCUCGCCUAUAAUCAGUUCACUGGGUAUGUACCUCCUAAUUUGGGUAACUUCAAAAAUCUCACUGUUUUAAAUAUUGAGGGAAACUAUCUUGGAAGAGGGGAUGUAGAUGACCUUAGCUUUCUUAACUCAUUACCGAAUUGCAGAAAACUUUCUAAUUUAAUAUCACUUGACCUAUCGGAUAACCAACUCUCAGGAAUAAUUCCGGCAAACAUUUGUAAUAGCACUCAGUUGGAACGAAUUUCUUUUAGCAGGAAUAGAUUGCAGGGUGGAAUUCCACCAAAUUUUGGCAACUGUAAUAAAAUGAUAGUAUUGGGUCUUGCACAGAAUCAACUUACCGGUCCUAUACCUAAAGAACUCAUUGGUCUUUCUUCACUAACUGACGCGCUGGACUUGUCGGGGAAUCAGUUAACUGGUGAGUUGCCAUCAGAGGUUGGUAGCUUGAUAAAGAUUAUGGAGCUCAACUUAUCAAAUAACCGGUUGUCUGGGAUAAUUCCAGGUACUUUAGGGAGAUGUAUUGGUUUGGAAGCACUUCCCCUGGAUGGUAACUUAUUGGGUCAUUCCUCCAUCUUUCAAAAGUCUGGAGGGACUCCAAAGGUUAGAUAUGUCAGGCAAUAA